AUUCUAACAGAUCGGUUUGUGACGUCACUAACCCCGCCUUUUUCGGGUUGUGACUCCACCCUCAUAAUUUUGUUGUGUGCCUGCAAAGCUUAUAUGUAAGGGCUUCAAGUCUUGCAAUAUCGACACCUGCUUACAAUUACAGUUUAUUUAAAUUAAUUCCUUGGUAGACGUUUGUCAAAGUGGAAGCAGUGGAAUUCACUGAAUUUAAUGAUUGCAACCUCAAACCAACAUGGCUGACUACCUGUGCAAGGAACACAAAGAGUCAAGUGGAAAGGGCGAUCAGAGUUUCAAAAUGGCAUCUGACGAGCUUUUAUUUAGCUCGUUUAUCGGUCAGGCUCGUGUCAACGGCAAUGAUGGAAGCACCUCCGUUUCCAGCCUGGGUUUUAGUCCUCAGGAAGAGGAAGUGGCGGAGUUCAAACUCUGGUCUCCCAGUGGUCACAGCGACACCAAUGAACUUAGUAAUUGUGCAUGGCUCAGCAAUUGGAGCAGGAAUGACACAGAAAAGAAUGAAAUUGAUGAGGUGGCGCUGCAGUGUUUAGUGGCCAACAUUUUAGAUGAAGGUGAUAAUAUCCAGAGCGAAUGCAACAAUAGUAGGAAGCCAUCUAAUGCCAACGGUCUUGGGUCUCCUGAGACUUGGAGAGAAGACUUUUUACAAUAUUGUCAACCAGCGGAUACACUUCCAAACUACGUUCCGAGUGAGCUUUUCAUUGAGUCUCAAUCGGUGUCCAAAAACGAGAUGUUCCUUCAGAAUCUCAGUGGCAUUUCUGCUAAUCCGGACUGGUUUGGUCAUGUUAACGGAGACGGCGAAAGCUAUGACAGACACCCAAUAAAAUCGCCUCCAAUUUUUCCCAUCUCCAAAACGCCGAGCGAUUUUCUACCACUGACACUGGAGAGCAACUAUGACCUGUCAUCUGAUUAUCACCCGGCAAACCAUCAGCUCGUUAACGACUUCCCUCAAAUCGGUGACGACUUGCCGCUCCAAUGCAAGAGGAGCGGGCUAUUUUUUGAUCAUUAUGAGAGCACGACGAGGGCGGAGCCUGUUUGUGAUAAUGAGCGAUACGUGCCGGAACACAUGAACCAACUGGUUAGUGGUUUGCGCGUUCUCAUGGCUGAUGAGUUUAAUUCAGGACGGUGCUUUCCAAAUUUAGAACAAAAUACAGACUACCCUGAAGACAGCAUAUUUGCGCAAUGGAAAUUCCCCAGCCAGGCCAUGCCAAUGUCUCAGGAAAAACAGCCAGAGGGAGAAUUUUGGGGCCAAAAUGUCAAAACAGAAUUUAAGGGUCCGGGCUUUCACGAAAUGUCAGGAUCGGCAAAUGCGAAUUGUUUUCAUUCCCCGUCUUUCAAUCCCCCGAACCAAUGUCAGAAUAUCCAAAGAAGGAACCAGUGCUCCAAUCCCCGCUCCAAGCAAACUCAGCACAAGAUGAAAUCACGGAAGGAAAAGAAGCCGCUUGGUUGCUUUGAAGAAAGUCCGCAAAGCGCGUCGAUCCACCACAGACCCCACGUCGACCACCUGCGAGGCACGGGAAGAUUUAAUGGAGAAACUCCCGCUCACGUCAACUCCAACCUCGGAAGGUUCACCCGGCUGUCUGUCAAGUCUGAGAAAGACACGACGCCUCAUAAGAGCGCUUCUACCGACAUGACGACUGUCAGCGAGGCGUUCUUGGGUCAUCUGAAGGACGCAGAGUUGCACAAUGGAGGGAAGGACAAGGACACAGCUGUGCUGCAGAAGAAUCCAGAGGGACUUGUGAUCCAGUUUUACCUCCACCUGGAUGAAUGUUCUGAACAGUUAGGCUACCUGGAAGCGGAAAGGAAGGAGAUCGAGGUCAUCCUCGCCAAAAAAUUUCCAGUUGAAUGGACACCGCUACUGUCUCCGCCUCCAACAUACCCGCCCGGACUUCCACUCAACUUCAGCAGACUGGACUCUCUCAUCGUUAAGCAGAAGAAGGAGCUGACCAGCGUGGAAUGGCUUUUGUACAAAAUGGAGGCCACGUGCAACACACCUCUUCACGCCUCCAUUCACUCAGCGCUGAGCAAUCAUCGCCAGGCUUUAUCCGAAGUACAGGCGAGACGCGGGGAAGAACUUGCCAACGUUUCCAAGCGUCAGCGCUUAGAGGACAAUGUUGACGUGAUCAUCGCUCUGAAGGCGCUCGUCGUGACCACCAGGAAGCUUCGUUCCGUGCUUUGGUGUGCCUUCCAGAUGACCGCGCCUCCUCCCACCAGGAGGGAGGAAGACCAUGCCAACGCCAACAGGACGCUCUGUGCGACCCUGUGGCACUCUCUCCUGAUGGCUGCCUCCGCUUCAGGCAGGAAGCCUGAUGACCACGCCGACACAAACGGGGAGGAAACACACCCACAGAGGUGCUCUUACUCCGCUACCUUUUAAGCUAGCACCCGACGUGCUAAUCAAAAUCCCUGUAAUGUAGCAUGUCGCUAAUAUGAGAUCAGCAGAACAUGAGAUGAUCGCAUAGUUAAGACCUCACGGCACGAAUUGCGUACUUGCGCAUGAACUGUUCAUCCAUCCAGUUUAACUUUAAUCAAGGCUUUUUCCUGAAUUCGUUUGUAUCUGUCUACAACAAAGCUGAAUCUAAAUUAACAUUUUAUGUAAAUUCUUCAAAAUAAUUUAUUAGUUUAUUUAUGAUUUGGCCCAUCCAGUAUUGUCUAAAUUAUGCAGAUAUUCUGCAGGAUUCGUUUAACUUCAGAUGCAAUUUUUUCUUUUUUUUUUUAAACACAAAUCAAUUGAUCAUUAGUACCGUAGUAUGAAAAGUAGUUUUAAUUACUGUCAUACUACGCAGCCAAGUUGAAGCAUGCAGCAUGUCCACCCAUGUAGUUAAAAUAUAGAAACCAAAUGUUUUAUCUUCUGAAGACGCCAAUCUGUUCUGUUAGCCAAGUCUGGCGUCAACACAUUCUGCGUCAUAACCGUAGUCCUUAGCCUUUCAUAACGUUUUACAUCUAAAAAUACCUUGCUAUUAUUCGGAUCGGUCUGGUCCUUGCAUCUUACUUAUAUACAAUCAUAAUAGUUCUUAAGUGUUUCUCCAUUUUCUACGUUUGCACAACCUAAAUGUUUAAAAUAAAAGCAAUUGAAUUACUCCAAAUGUUUUAUUACUUUAAAAAGACACAAUUUUAACAACUGCUUGUUCUUAAUCUCGCCUGCAUUUUUUUUUGCCAUAGGAUGUGAUUGGACGUUUUGAUAACAAAACAACAGCUGAAUACAUUGCACGUUUCAGUGCUUUCACACAUCCCCCCUCCCCCCACACAUGUCCUUUCUCCUGCUUUUAUCUUUUGCGUUCCCCCUUCUGUGUUCGCUUCUUCUCCUUCUCCUUCCUGUCUUGUUUGGCAAGUUUGUCCUUCUCCCGCUGCAUCUUGUCCAUUUCCUUCUUUUUCUGGGCAUCUUCACGGGCCUGGUCCCGCUUUUGCUUUUGUCUGUUCAUGACCUCCUCCACGUUGGUGUUCUUGAACAUGGCUGACGCCCGAUGGAGGUCAAGGACAAAACAGUAGGCAGGAAAAGCACUCAGAAUUCAUCCACAAAUCACGUUCCAGCCUCUAAACAACCAUCUUAAUGCUAAUGUACAUGCUAAACCAAUUUUUAACAUGUAGUAAUACAUGUGCAAAAUAGUUUUGGAAAAUACAUUGGCAUGUGGAGGAUACACUUGUCCUGUCCGGGCAUGAAGCUUUCAUUUGGCGACUCUUCCUCUUCACCUUCAGUGUUUUAGUCAAGGGAACCAAAACUGUGAAGCCGGUAACCAGCAGUGAUAAGUUAUAUUGAGUAUAAAAAGUCUACACACCCAUUAUUCAAAUGCCAGGUUUAAAAAAACAACAACAAAAAAACCACCCAUAAUUAAAUAAUACAAAGAACAAGAUAAUUUUAAAAACGUUUUUCCACCAAUACAACAGAUUUUUGCCCAGAAAUGUGCACUGGACAGACUAAGUUUCUAGAAGAAGGAUAUUCCUCUUCGUCUGUAAUGUUGGCGUACUGCGCCAGGAGGGCCUCUUUGCGUUUCUUGGACUCCUCCGAUACUUCUUUGUGCUUCACUACAAUUUGAGCCUGCUUCUCGAUCAUACUUGCGAUGGCCUGGACCUCAACUGGUCGGGAAGACAAAAGCAAUCAUUUAAAACUUGAGGUAAUCCGUCCUUGUGUUAUCUGACACUGACAACAGGGACAGUUGCAAAUUAAGCAUAUUAUGUCAGUGUGAUUCAAUGAUAUGAGGAGAUAUGUUUACACUGCAGCUUUUGGAGAAGCUUCAGGUGUUAUUUGAAUGCUUAUGCACAUAAUAUUUAUUAGUCACCAUCUCCAGCAUCCUGCUUGUUUGCAGAGCGGCUGCAGUAAUCCGUCCAAUGCUUGAUGAUCUGUUGGCAGACAUCUUCCAGGGUGUCCUCUUCAUCCUGCAAAUUUGAGGACAGUCAUACAAUACAAACGCUAUCAACACAAGCUGGCUUCAUAGUUACUUUGUCACGCACAAUAUAACAGCACGAGUUUGGGUUUGGUCUUGAAAUAAUUUGACAAACAACUUCCGUGUGGUUUGCGGCACAUAGCAGAGAAGUUACUUGUAGAAGUG